GAAUAUAGUACUAAUAUAUAUCGACCCGCGCGGUCCCGGUCAGUUUCGUGCAUCCAAUAUGGCUGGUCGAAGUGGUUUCGAAGAUUCAAGAGAUCAUGGAGGUGGAUACCGAAGUGGCAAAAAGCCAUUACCUAGUGAACCACCUUAUACCGCAUUUGUGGGAAAUUUGCCACAUGGAGUUGUACAAGGAGAUAUUUGCAAAAUUUUUUCAAACCUUAAAGUUAAAGGAGUCAGACUGGUGAAAGAUAAAGAAACUGAUAGGUUUAAGGGUUUUUGUUAUGUUGAGUUUGAAGAUUUGACAGACUUAGAAACUGCAAUGAAAAUGGAUGGCUUAGUACAAGUAGAACAAAAUUUUAUUAAAAUAGAUGUAGCAGAUGGAAAGAGAAAUGAGAGAGGAGGUGGUUUUGACAGACGAAACCGUACCGGUGGUGGAGGUGGAGGAGGAUAUAGAGGAAGAGAUGGUCCCCGUGGUGGAUAUGGAGAUGAUCUCGGUAGCAAAUCUAUGUAUUCCAGAAGCUAUGUAGGUCAGAGUCACGGUGCUAGCAGACAAGGUACUACUUGGGAUAUGAAGGGUGGUAGCCGGGGCAACUUUAAUCAACUUAACGAUGAUGCAGGAAGUGGAAGUCGGGAAUGGUCUCGUAACACGUCAUCUAGAAUGUAUGGUAACAGACCACCACCGCCUGCCCGCGGAGGACCUGGAAUGGAACGAAAACCAUUUCAUGAUGAACCAGCAUAUAAAGAUCCACCUCCAGCUGACACAGCUGGGAGGAAACGCUUGGUACUAGCACCAAGGACAAUACCAGAUCCCAUAAAUGCGAUUGCUGAAUCAAGUAAAUCAAGUUCAAUUUAUGGCGGUGCAAAACCCCGGGAGGAGAAAAUGAGUACUGAUGAUAAGUAAACACAUUAUCAUCAUCAUCAUUAGUUUCUAAUUCCCUAAUUUCAGGGAAAUGAACUUUCCCAACAUAAAAAAAAUUUGGAAAUCCAUGCAAGACACCUUCGUUUCCUCAAUUGUAAUGGGGAGAAUCUCUUCAGAGAUAGAAUGAAAUUGUCAUAAUUUUUAUUUACCCCUAAGGGGACGUCUUCCCCACAAAUACAUAAUUAUAAAAAGUGAUUUACUGAGAUUUUUAAGUUUUAUGCAGUUGGCAUUUUUAAUUGAUAAUAAAAUUUUCUCGCCUAGUGCCCUCUCUAUUUACAUUAACUUCUUAAUUUAAAAACAGAGAAUGUAGUAAUAAAUUGAGAAUUUAAAGUAAAAAUUGUGUGCACAUGCAUACUCCAAUAUAACGUUGGUUAUGUGUAAUUAUAUACAUAUAAAUAUAAUUAAUCGCAUCACGUAUGUAUAUACAUGUAUGCACGCGUGCGCGCACAUACAGACAUUCGUAUUAUAUGUGUAUAUAUGUACAUGUAUACGUGAAUCAUGAUUUUCAUACGGAAAGUAUAAUAUGUAUUUUAAUAUUCAUGUCAAUUUCAUGUUGGGUGUUGUAUCGGUUUAUAAUAAUAUUGAGGGUAUGUGUACAAAUCAUUGCAAAUAUAUGCUAUCACCGUACGUAUAUUUGAUUUCGUGAAAAAAAAGAGAAACUAAUUCUAAAAACUAUUGUACUCUAGAAUAAUUUUUAUCUCAAUGAGUACAAAACUUUGUCCUUGGUUUCAUUUCCUUCCUUACAAUUUUUACUUUACAAUUUAAACCAAUCAUUGUAUGCUUACUAAAACGAAUAAUGAAUAAUUGUUUAAUAUGAGAGAUCAAUGAAAUAUAAAAAUAUUAAACAAUUAUUUACACGCUUGUGAGGUACUGAUAAACAAUUGCAAGAAAUAAAAGGUAUUUGAGUGUUUGGAAGAAUUAUACAUCAGUGAAUGCGUAUGAGAAUAAUGUGUCGAUUAUUACGCAAUAAUAUUGUGUAACAAAUUAACUAUACUAGUAUAAAGGAUAUCGAUCAUUUGAAAGAGUAUCGAUGAUUAUAAGAUAAUACAGGAAUAUUUGAAUUAACGAUAAAUAUAUUAUAUAAAACUAAGCUUGUAUAUGACACUAUUUCUUGAAUAAAGUAGUUGUUUGCCUUGUAUUCGUGUAAUACAUCAUCGUUAGACUAAGUGAUAGAAAAUAAAAUAAAACUUAUGUAAACAAUA